CGGGCGGCGGCCCCCGGCCCCGCGUGGCGGCGCGGCGCGGGCGGCAGCAUGGUGGAGAAGCGCUGCCCGCUGCAGAGGGACGGCGUGUACCGCUGGUUCUCGGAGCUGCCGUCGCCGCAGCGCGUGGAGUUCCUGUGCGGCCUGCUGGACCUGUGCAUCCCGCUCGAGCUGCGCUUCCUCGGCUCGUGCCUGGAGGACCUGGCCCGCAAGGACUACCAUUCGCUGCGCGACUCGGAGAUCAAGGCCAACAACCCGGCCGACCUGGGCAGCCUCACCAACCUGACGGACGAGGUGGUGCGCAGCAAGCUGCUGGUGUCGCUGGCGCUGCUGGGCUCGGAGCAGCGCGAGGCGGCGGGUGUGCUGUACCGCACGCUCACGCACAUCGACUCCAUCAUCCACAACUACGGGUUGCAGCUCAACGAGGGCCGCACGGGCGAUGAGUUCCUGCUGCUCUUCACCAUGGCCUCCAACCACCCGGCCUUCAGCUUCCACCAGAAGCAGGUGCUGCGCCAGGAACUCACGCAGAUCCAGAGCAGCCUGAGCGGCGGCGGCGGCGGCCCCGGGGGCAAGAGCGCGCUGCCCACCUGCCCAGCCUGCCACAAGGUCACGCCCAGGACGGAGCCCCCCGUCAGCAACGUGGGCAACAGCUUGGAGAACGCCCUGCACACAUCCACACAUUCCACUGAGGGGUCGCUGCCCAAGAGGCCUGGAGGGAAACUGUCCAGAGUGACUGUUGAAAAGAUAGACCUGAAGGGAUUAUCACACAAAAAAAAUGAAAGAAAUGUUGAAUGUUCCUUUGAGGUCUUGUGGUCUGAUUCUUCAAUCACAUCAGUAACCAAAUCUUCCUCUGAAGUGACUGAAUUUAUUUCAAAGUUGUCUCAGCUGUAUCCUGAAGAAAAUUUGGAGAAAUUCAUUCCUUGCUUAGCUGGCCCAGAUUCCUUUUAUGUAGAGCGAAACCAUAUGGAUCUGGAAGCGGACCUGAGGUAUUUGGCUUCGUUACCUUCUCAUGUGUUAAAAAAUGACCAUGUUAAGAAAUUUUUCAGCACUUCUUCUCCCACCCAACAGCUUCAAAGUCCAAGUCCUGGCACCCCUUCCCUUUCUAAAGUCGGUACCAUGAUGGGCGUGUCUGGAAGGCCUGUGUGCGGAGUGGCCGGCAUCCCGUCCUCUCAGGGCAGCGCCCAGCACCAUGUGCAGCACUCCGCCAGCGCGGCCGCCUUGCCCCACUGCUCGCACUCAGGGGGUGCAGGCUCGGCGCUGGCCUACCGGACCCCAAUGGACAGCUCGCCCACCAUCCUGAUGCCGUCCAGCCUGCAGGCCCCGCAGACCCAGGAGCAAAACGGGAUUUUAGACUGGCUUCGGAAACUGCGUUUGCACAAGUAUUACCCUGUCUUUAAACAGCUCACGAUGGAGAAGUUUCUGAGCCUUACGGAAGAAGAUCUAAAUAAAUUUGAAUCCCUCACCAUGGGAGCAAAGAAAAAACUCAAGACUCAACUGGAGCUGGAGAAGGAGAAGUCAGAGAAACGGUGCCUGAACCCCUCGGCCCCUCCCCCGGUCAGCAGCAGCGGAGUGGCCCGCGUGCCCCCCACCAGCCACGUGGGGCCCGUGCAGACAGUGCGAGGCAGCCAUGCUGCAGCGCUGCGGGUGGAGGUGGAGCAGGCCCCUCACCAGACGGCCCGGGAAGGCAGCUCCUCCGAGUGCUCCAGCUCCUCGCCCAGCCCGAUGGGCGUGCAGGCCCGGGAAGAGAGCUCAGACAGCGCGGAAGAGAACGACAGACGUGUGGAGAUCCACUUGGAGGGCCCUGACAAGGAGAAGCCCGUGAUGCUGCUGAACCACUUCACUUCAAGUUCCGCCCGGCCCACGGCGCAGGUCCUCCCCGUGCAGAACGAGGCAGGCUCCACCCCGUCGGGCCACCACUCGCUGCCCCCACAGAUGAUGACGGCGGCCUCACACAUCGCACCCAUCCGGAUGCUGAACUCUGUGCACAAGGCGGAAAGGGGGAGCACGGACAUGAAGCUCCUCUCGUCCUCUGUGCACUCGCUGCUGUCCCUCGAGGAGCGCAGUAAAGUCUCUGGACCAAGAAGCAGCAUCAAAGUGGACAAGAGCUUUGGCAAUACCAUGAUGGAUGUGCUCCCCUCGUCCACCCCGCAUCAGCCCAUGCAGGUCCUCUCCGGACUCGCCGAGAGCAGCUCCGUGUCUCCCACUGUCUCCUUUGGUCCCCGCACCAAAGUCGUCCACGCGUCCGCGCUGGACAGGGUGAUGAAGCCGGCGCAGCAGCCGGCCCUGGUGGUGGAAGCCAGCACUGCUGCCGCGGGGACGUCCAGCACCGUCUUCCACGUGGCUCGGCCGCCCAUCAAACUCCUGGUGUCUUCAUCUGUCCCUGCCGAUUCCGCCAUCUCUGGGCAAACCUCCUGUUCUAACAAUGUGCAAAUAAGUGUGCCCCCUGCAAUAAUAAACCCCCGGACUGCUCUGUACACAGCCAACACCAAAGCUGCCUUCUCUGCGAUGAGCAGUGUGCCCGUGGGCCCCCUGCAGGGCAGCUUCUGUGCGAACAGCAACACUGCCGCCUCCAGUAGCCACCCUUCCCCAUCCUUCGCAAACAUGGCCACCGUGCCCAGCUGCGCGGCCCCCAGCUCCAGCCCCGCGCUCCCCUCGGCCCCUGAAAGCAGCUUCUACAGCAGCAGUGGCGGCGGCGGCGGUGGCGGCUCCCCCGGGAACCUCCCCGCUUCGGCCCAGAACCACCACCACCACCACCACCACCAGCAGCAGCCGGCGCCCCAGCAGCCGGCGCCCGCCCCGCCGCCCGGCUGUGUUGUGUGCACGUCAUGCGGCUGCAGUGGGAGCUGCGGCUCGAGCGGCCUGACUGUCAGCUAUGCCAGCUACUUCCAGCACCCAUUCUCGGGGCCCUCAGUCUUCCCCUUCCCAUUCCUGCCCUUCAGCCCCGUGUGCGGCAGCGGCUACAUGGGUGCCCAGCAGUAUGGCGGCGGCGCCUUCCCAGUCGUGCACUCGCCCUACGGCGGUGGCGUGGGUCCCGAGCCCGUGCUGGGUGGCCAGUCUGCCUUCACUGUCCCACCUGUGCAGAACUUCAUGGGGGCGGCGGGCGUCUACCAGGCCCAGGGCCUGGUGGGCAGUAGCAAUGGUUCCAGUCACAAAAAGAGCGGGAGCCUCUCGUGCUACAACUGUGGGGCCACCGGUCACCGCGCUCAGGACUGCAAGCAGCCGUCCAUGGACUUCAAUCGGCAAGGUACUUUUAGGUUGAAAUAUGCCCCUCCAGCAGAAAGUCUGGACUCCACAGAUUGAUAUUUUUCUCUGGCAACAGAACACUAUUAAGCCAUGGAGACCUAAGGAAAAUUAAAUACAAAACUGAGAAGUCUAGUUGCUGUUGAGCUUAAUAUUUUUAAUCCAAAGGUGCUUUACUUUACUAGACUGGAUAGAAAACCUAGCGUAGGAAUGCAUCAAACUCAGUUUUAUUGCCAAAAUCCUAGACGGGAGCUUGAUGUCAGGACUGGCCUAGUGGGUAUCUCCACUGUGGGUGAAAACUGGCCACCUCCACCCUUGGUCGCAAUGCAGAGACCUGCCGUCUCCUGAAGAGCAUUGCCGUAAAUGGUCCUUCUAGGCUCACACGUAAUUCCAGGGCAGCUACGUGAGGUUGGAAUCGAGAACUGAAGGUCGGAGUUCUCCAAGUGGAGUUCUACCAGUCGGACUCUUGACACCCCUGGUGAGGGAAAAUGUCGCCUUUGUUUUGUUCUGUUUGUUCUGUUUCGUUCUUAACAGUGGUUAGGCACUAAUCUCUGGGCUUUUUAAGGAUUGCACUACAGAAGAAUGUAAACUGAUGUCAAUCUCUGCAGUUCUGGGAGACAGACUCCCUGAGACCAGUCAGUGCAAGACACUCAGAGACUCCGUCUUUAGAGUCGGCACCAGCAGGCUACAUGACUUAGUACACAACAGAGGUGUUAGUGUUCCUUCCCUCCUUAAAAGCACUUGUAGCAGUUUUCAGGUUUUUAUUUUUUCCUGCAAAUACAUUUAAACUACAUUAUUAAACAGAAAUAGUUACUUGCAACAACUUAAUUUCUAAAAGGGUCCAAGUCCCAGAGAAUCCCUAGCUGUCAAAGCUUUGAGGACACCUUCCUUCCCAGCCCUUCAGAGCUUUGAGUCCUGUCGUCUUCCCCAUGAAGGAACCCUGGCAGACGCGAUAGCAGCACGGCCUCGUGAGCGGCACUGACGGGAGGCUGCGUAUCCUUAGCCAAGUUUGCAAGUUAUUUUAUCUCCCAUGGACUUCCCAAGGACCCCAAGGCUCACUGCUAAUGGAUUCACACUUGAGACAGACCUUUCAACAUAAUACAGUCCUACAAUCUCUGAGCAAACGACUGAAAUUUUCUCCUGUCAACUUCUUUUGUAUUAGGCUCUGUAUCAAUAGUUAAUUUCAUUUAAAAAUUACCGGAAAACUACGAUAGAAAGUGGUUAAGACUCUGAAAGAGACUCCACCGACAGGACAGAGCUACAAGACCUGCAGAAGCCUAGUUUUAUCAAGGUGGGAAAUACAGCCCACCACGCAGCUCUCAAUUUUACCCCAUGCAAUGAGAGCUUUUGUUGUGAAAGUUAGGGACUUAAAGCUUCAUGGCUAAAGGGAAUUUUGUGCUUCAGUAAUACUGUUUUAAAUGCUAUAGCCUUCAAUGUUAAAAUACUGAUUGGUAAGGCCUUGCCCAGGGAUUUUCCAGUUGAAUAUUUAAAAGAGAAAAUAAUAAUACUCAGACCAUUCUUAAAAUGGGACAAUCAGCCUCAUGCUAAAUUGGUGUAAAUCAAGAGUACCCUAGAAUUUGAGGCAUUGUGUUGUAAGGCUUCAAAUUUUUCAGAUCAGUUUCCUGGCUUCUUGGAAACUAAAGCAGAAAGUUGUUACUUUUUUUAAUGAAAGGCUUUUAGUAGAGUUUUUUAGAGUUUUAUUUUAGUAGUUUUGUUUCUAUGCAAUGCAGAAUUGACAGACCUCUGUAUUCUCUCUCCUUGGCACAGUGUUACCUACAGUUUUGAAGUAAUGAUGCUUACAACAGCUUUUUGGGGGAAUGUUACAUUGAUCUCUUAAAUUAUAAACACUACAAAAUGUCAAAAUUGUGAGAACUGACACAACUUUGCCUUAAAGAGUACUAGACUGGAACUUGUCAUAUUAUGUUUAAGGAAGACUUGGAGUGUUCAUUGAUGUUUACGAUUUUAAUAUUUCUGAAGGCCGUUACAGUGGCCUGGAUAUGUGCUGAAAGCCAAACUUUUAAAAUUUUUUGUUUUUUUUUUAAACAAAGAACUAUUUUAAAUAAAUUCUAUUUCAACACAGUGAAA